AUUAUUCUCUAUUAUUUUCUCACUUCCUCUUUUCUAAUCAUCAAUUUUCUCCCCAAGAUAGUUUGUGUAUGAUCCAACACUUCCAUUCAUGAAUUGAUUUUCGACUUUCACCAUCCCAAUCUGUCUUACAAUAAUUUCUCCGCCGUGAUUCCCGAAAUGGUUUCCAAACCUGUUUCUUAUUUUUUUGUUAUAUUAGAUUUUGGGAAAUGCUGGUUGGUACUUAGCUGUAAUCGUUGACCUUAUGGAUCUGAUUCUCUCUCCCUUUAAAUCUCAGCCGUCUGUUCCUCUUAAUCAAACCUCGAAAACAAAUCACCAAAAACACGUCGUUUUAGCAUCUUCUUAUUCCUUCCACCAAGAGCAGCCGUGCCGGAAUCCUCUCCUGCUCGCCGUCUUCCUCUUCAUUCAAAAGGGUGAGCGGUGAUGCAAGCAUUUCUCCGAACACUGACACAAAUUGUCGACCACAAUAAUAGGUGGUUGCAGAGUCAAACUUGUAUUAAGUUUGGUGUUGUUCAAGUUCAACACAGUUUUCUAGUUUGAUGUGGCUGUGUUAGCAUGGUGGAAAUGGAGAGAAUGAACAGUGACGGGGGUUCUUCGAUUCGAAGACGUUCGUUGAGUUUGUCAAGUCAUAGAAGCCAUCACACAGAUAAUGAUGUUGAUUGUGAGAGUGUUUCAGAAGCUGGCGACAUAGGCGAUCGAGCUCUUCCGAGCAGAAGGUUCAGCGAGAGCAAUAGUUUCCACUCAGAAAACGGAAGCACUGUUAGACCUUUGCCACGAGAACUCUCAUCCACCCCACCUGAUGCAGUGGUUGGUUCUGAAGAUUCAAAACUUGAACCUCCUAAAGGUUUGCCACCGUUACUAGACUAUGUUUCAUGUAUGGCUCACUUAGCUGUUUUUGGAAUUCUUGGGGUCCUCACAAGAUAUUUACUGCAAAAGUUAUUUGGCCCCCAGGUUGCUAAUGUGACAAGCAAUCAUACUAUUCUUUACCUUGACCUUCCUUCUAAUAUGAUUGGUUCAUUUCUUAUGGGAUGGUUUGGUGUUGAAUUCAAAAAAGACAUAUCUCACGUGUCAGAGCAUCUAGUCAUAGGAAUAACGACUGGUUACUUGGGGAGCCUUACAACCUUCAGUGGUUGGAAUCAAAAAAUGCUUGAACUCAGUGCUUCCGGCCACUGGGUCAUCUCUGCAUUGGGCUUUGUAAUAGGUUUAUCUCUUGUUGCCGUCUCCAUCGCAUUUGGGGUUGAAACUGCAAAGGGUUUUAGGUGGCUUCUCAACAGGCUGAAUAUCACAAGUCCAGAAAAUGGCAUCUCUAAGAUCAACUACAAAGUAAACAGCUACCAUCGCCAAAUGACAGCUAUGGUGAUAUUCUUGGUGAUAUUGGGUAUAUUAUGGGGUGUGAGUGGUGCAUUAGUAAAGGCUAAGUUCAAGCAUGGCGGCAGUGCUGCUGAGUUGUGGUUUGCUUGCAUGGUUGGACCUAUAGGUGUUUGGAUUAGAUGGUUCUUAGCAAGGCUUAACGGGCGUGGGUUAGGAAAGGAAGGUUUGUUUCAAUGGAUACCAUUUGGAACUCUAAUUGCCAAUGUAUCAGCUGCUUGUGUUAUGGCUGCACUUUCUACUAUAAAGAAUGCAGUGAACACAAGGGAUUGUGAUACUGUUGUAGCAGGAAUACAAUUUGGUGUGAUGGGGUGUCUGAGUACUGUUUCUACAUUCGCUGCCGAGUUUAAUGCAAUGCGAAAAACCAAUGACCCUUGGAGAGCAUAUGCCUAUGCUGCUAUCACAAUAUGCGUGUCCUUCUCUUUGGGAAUCUUAAUUUAUUGCAUCCCGUAUUGGACAAAGGGAUUUGACAUUGACACGUAACAAUCCGCAAUGCAGCAUUGUUUUUAUCACUUGAUAUGGUAUGGCCGAACCAUCAGUUUUGUUGCAAUCUAUCUCCUAAUUCCAAAGAUACCCAUCUUUUUACAUAGGAAUUGAGAAUUCAAAAAAACAGCGAUGUAUGUAGUUACUGCCUUUGAUAAGAAGGUGGUGGUUGAGUUUGGAUCCUCUACCGUCUGCAGAAUUGUGUAGCAGCUGUACUGCACGAUACUGCAGGGGCUCCAAAUCCAGUGGUUUUGGUUAUGUAUUUACAUUGUAUUGUAACAGUUGAUCCCA